AUGGACAAUUGGACUCCUGGCUCCUGGAAAUCCAAACCCAUCAAGCAAGAUGUCGUCUACAGCGACUCGGACGGCGUGCAGUCUGCCCUCGACAAGCUGCAGAAAUUGCCUCCGCUGGUGACUACACAGGAGAUUCACAAUCUCAAAAAGCAUUUGAAGAAUGUGGCUCUGGGAAAGGCGUUUGUGUUGCAGGGGGGUGACUGUGCCGAGCUAUUUGACUACUGUAACCAGGAUAUGAUCGAGGCCAAGGUGAAGCUUUUGCUGCAGAUGAGUUUGAUUUUGAUUUGGGGUGCGAACAAGCCGGUCGUCCGUAUUGGACGUAUUGCUGGACAAUUCGCUAAACCCCGCUCAAGCCCAAUGGAAACUAUCAACGGCAUCGAAAUGCCCUCCUUCCGCGGUGACAACAUCAACGGCUUCGCUGCCACCCCGGAAGCCAGAACCCCAGACCCCUCCCGUUUGGUCUCAGCCUACUUCCACUCCUCAGCAACGCUCAAUUACCUCCGCGCCUCGCUCUCCUCUGGCAUCGCGGACCUGCACUCCCCGCUAGACUGGGGUCUAGGCCAUGUUAUCACCCCCUCCAUUAAGGAAAAAUACGAACGUAUCGUCACCCGCGUUAAAGAUGCCCUCCGCUUCAUGCACACAGUCGGCAUCGACACAGACCGCGGCGUCGAGACCGUCGAAGUCUUCACAAGCCACGAGGGCCUGCUCCUCGAAUACGAACAAAGCCUAACCCGCCUCCAGCGUAACCCCUCCUCCUCAUCCCCCAGCGACAGCAGCCACUACGCAACAUCCGCCCACUUCAUCUGGAUCGGCGACCGCACACGCCAGCUUGACGGCGCACACGUCGAGUUCUUCCGCGGCAUCGCCAACCCAAUCGGCUUGAAAAUCGGCCCCAGCAUCUCCCCUGAAGACCUCGUCAAGCUCCUCGACACCGUCAACCCAACCCGCGAAAUCGGCAAAGUCACCCUGAUCUCCCGCUACGGCGCCUCAAAGAUCUCCUCGCACCUCCCCGCACAUAUCGCCGCGGUCCAAGCUUCCGGCCACAUCCCUGUCUGGCAAUGCGAUCCCAUGCACGGCAACACCCAAUCCACGCCUUUGGGUAUCAAAACCCGCCACUUCAGCGAUAUCCUCUCCGAACUGCGCCAGGCGCUCGAGAUCCACCGCGCGGCUGGCUCGUUCCUGGGCGGUAUGCAUCUCGAGUUAACUGGGGAGGCGGUUACGGAGUGUGUGGGCGGUGCUGGUGGUUUAACGGAAGAGGGGCUUGGGGAGAGGUAUACUACUUUCUGUGAUCCGAGGUUGAAUGAGAAACAGGCGUUGGAGCUGGCAUUUUUGGUGGCGGGUUUCUAUCGUGAGUGGGAUGAGGAGAAGGAGGAGGGUGUGAAUUCUAUUUAG